UAAAUCCCUCAGGCUGACCUCAGUAGCAAGUACAAGUGGUUUUGGACAAGCUGGGUGCUGCUGUUGAACGUUCUGUGGAUGAAUUUAAGAAAAUACCCAGCUUGCUGUAAAAACACUGGAAUAAGGCUGUUCCAACCCACUCUGCAGCUAGCAAGGAGACUUUGAGACACAGGCUAGCCAUGUCUCUGCUGCAACAGAAUUUCUGUAUGUCUGCAAGACAGCACACCUUCAGUCCAGGCGCUUUCACUGCUCUGUAUGUUUGCUUGAAGUUUGAGUAAGUAGUAAAUUAUGUUGCACUGGGAUGAAGGAAGAAUUUAGUUGACUAACACCACUGUUUGAAUUUGCAUGGUGUAAACAAAGCAGAUGGCAAUACCAAUUAAGGAGAAAAUUGCACAAUACUUGGGAUGAUCAAUCCCCCAGUUAAGCCAGAGCUCUUGUCCUUUUCACUCAUGGUCACAGGGUGCAUAAACAUAGCACACUGCAGUGUGGUGCCACUACUAGAUCAACCUCUAAAUGAGCUGCUUUGCCGAGACAGUCCACCAAAUCAGUGCCACUGGUGGACCUUGAAGCACUAUAGUCAUGUCAAUACAGCACAGCCCUGCUUAGCAUGGCUGUCCUGGCUACUGAAACCAGGACUUUGUCAGCGACAGCUCUGCACCCGCUCAAAUGCCUUCAGGAUCCGACUUUGAGCUACUGUGCUGCGCCACUGAGAUAAAACAGCUUGUUCAAAGUUAACAUCUGUCUGUACUUUCCUAUCACCCGGAAAACCCCACCAGAAUGACCAGCAAUCAGACAGAUUGUCAUUACUGCCUGCAGUCUCUUCGUGGAAGGAAGUAUGCAUUAAGGGAAGAAAACGCUUACUGUGUCACAUGUUAUGACAGCCUGUUUGCCAACCCCUGUGAAGAGUGCAAGAAACCUAUUGAGUGUGAUUCUAAGGAUCUGGCCUACAAAGGCCGCCACUGGCAUGAGAGGUGCUUCAACUGUGCCAAAUGCAGUCGCUCUCUGGUGGAGAAACCAUUUGCUGCAAAGGAUGAGCUCUUGCUGUGUACUGAAUGCUACUCUAAUGAGUAUUCAUCUAAGUGUUUCCACUGUCAGAAGACCAUUAUGCCUGGUUCGCGUAAGAUGGAAUUUAAGGGAAGUUCUUGGCAUGAAUCCUGUUUUGUUUGUCAGUAUUGCCGGCAACCACUGGGAACAAAACCAUUGAUCACCAAAGACAAUGAGAAUUACUGUGUGCCCUGUUUUGAGAAGCAAUUUGCUCACUGUUGCUACUCUUGCAAAAAGGUAAUAACUUCUGGGGGAGUGACCUACCAUGACCAGCCUUGGCAUAAAGAAUGCUUUGUCUGUGCUGGAUGUAAAACUCAGCUGUCUGGACAAAGGUUUAUUUCCAAAGAUGAGUAUCCAUACUGUGUAGACUGUUACAGCAAAUUUUAUGCUGAGAAGUGUGCUGCUUGCAAGAAACCUAUUACAGCUCUUGGAGGUGCCAAGUUUAUCUCAUUUGAAGAGCGCCAGUGGCAUGGGGAAUGCUUUAACUGUGCAAAAUGCUCUGUCUCGUUGGUGGGCGAAGAAUUCCUCACUAAGCAGGAUGAUGUCCUUUGUAAUGAAUGUGGCUCUGCUUCAUAGUUCUGUGGAGAGCUAUACAGAUGCAUUAUUCUCACUCUUUAACCAUGUGCUUUGUUACUUGCAAUAAGAAAAUCAUCUAAACAACAUACCACUUAUUUAGUCAUUCACAUAAUUUUCAAACAGCAGUUUAAUUCUAUCAUAGUUCUAAACUGUUUGUUAAAAAUAUAAUAAUAAUAAAUAGCCACAUACUGGCUAACUGCAGAAAAUAUUAGUAUAUAUUUAAAAUAUAACUACAGUAUGUUUUCCUUGUAACAUACUGCACUCUGCUGUUAGAAGCUUAAAAAUUUACAUUUCAUCUCCCAUGAACCAAGAAGUAUGAAAAGUCUAUAUGGCAUACAAGUAAUGAUGAGGCAUUAGCUCUCCUAACAAAGAGAACGUAGGUGUACACAAAGAAACACUAAGUCAGAGAAGUCAACUCUAGUGCCAGAUAAAGGGAUAAAAGUUUUCUUUUCUCUCCUUACUGAGAUUGCUUCUCAGAAAAAUAAGUUUCCCAUGACUUUAGUCAUCCAAAAGACUGAGUGAUGUGUCCUCUCCCAAAAGUGGUUAAUUUUACUUAGUUCUUUAGGUAUAAAUAUUUUAGAACAUAAAUAAAACCAUAUUUUGUAAGAGGUAAGCAUUUCCCAAUAUUUGAUAGUGCUAAUGUACAGUUUUCCAUAGCUAAUACACCUUAAAACUCUGUCUCCAUUGUCUUCAUUGGACCUUCAAAUACAUACUUAAAAUAUAUUUUUUAUUAGUAGAGACAAGAACCAACUCACAGUUGUCUGCUUACAGUUGUACUUUGCACUCUUCCUCCCCACAAAACCCAUUUGCCAGCAAUCAAGACACUUAAAGGCCUUGACAUUUCCACACUGCUGUCUUUUAUUCAGUCUGCUCCUUUUCUUGUAAAUGCAUGCUUGUCGGUAGCAGGCUAUAAGCUCUUCAGAGCCAAUACCUGAUUCAUUUUGUCAUGUGCCACGUGCAUUUGCCAAUAUUAUGUCAAGAAUUUGUAAUGUUGCCAUUGCAAGCUAGGCAGUCCUCGCUUGUAGUACAAGGUAUUCAUUUCUAGGUAGCUGGCUUUGAGAAGGUUAUACCUGCUUGCUGAGCUUCGUUGCUCAAUUGUCUGUUAUUAAAGGUCAUCUAGAACUGAGUUACGAGCAUUUCUUCUCUUCCUUGUUUCACACUGUAUGUUACAACAGCCUGACUCAUGUUGCAGUAUCUGCCAGGCCAUGGUGAAUGGUGCAGCGGUUCUGCACCACUCAGCACUGUUUUAUUCCUCAUCUCACAUGUUUUAAAACCAUGCAUUCUCCUUUAGACCCUGAUGUUAAUUGCUUACAAUUUUUUGGCUGACUUGAGAGGGCUUUAUUCAUAUUGAAGACAGAUACUACUUUAACUGUAAAAGGGAGGAAAAAAAGAGCAUGUGAGCAUAGGUAAGGCAGAGCUGAACUGCAGUGGCGUAAAAUCAAUAUGGAUAAUGACUGACCAACAAGUACAUAGCAGUCUGUUUUCCAGUCAGUAAAAUAUUGAUCUUUUGCUCUA